AUGACAGCCAAACCCAAGCUCUACUACUUUCGUGGCAGGGGCAGGAUGGAGUCUAUCCGGUGGCUGCUGGCUGCAGCUGGAGUGGAGUUUGAAGAAGAAUUUCUUGAAAAAAGAGAACAAUAUGAAAAGCUGGAGAAGGAUGGAUGCCUGCUUUUUGGCCAAGUACCUUUGGUUGAAAUGGAUGGAAUGAUGCUAACACAGACUAGAGCCAUCCUCAGCUACCUGGCUGCCAAGUACAACUUGUAUGGGAAGGACCUGAAGGAGAGAGUCAGGAUUGAUAUGUAUGUUGACGGCACCCUGGACCUGAUGCUAAUGAUCAUGCUGGCUCCAUUCAAACCCCCUAAGGAAAAGGAGGAGAAUUUUGCCUUAAUCAUGAAGAAAGCAAAAACCCGUUACUUACCAGCCUUUGAAAAGAUUUUGAAAGACCAUAGGGAGGAUUUUCUUGUUGGCAACAAAUUCAGUUGGGCAGACGUGCAGCUGUUAGAAGCCAUUUUAAUGUUGGAAGAACUCAAUGCCUCUGUUCUUUCUGACUUCCCUCUGCUAAAGGCAUUUAAAACAAGAAUCAGUAACAUCCCUACAAUUAAGAAGUUCCUGCAGCCUGGGAGUCAGAGGAAGCUGCACCCUGAUCAGCAUUAUGUUGAUGUUGUCAGACACAUUUUGCAGUUCUAAUGGCCAGUGGGUCUUAUGAUGGCAAGAGUCAUGACCAAUCACACCACCGGCACAAGCCGUCUGUAGUGGAUAACGAAG